AUGAUAUUAAUCACAACAUUAAUAACAUUAAUACAUGCAGCAUAUGAUGGGACAGAUUAUCUGAAAGGAGAGGGUAAUUUUGUCAUUGAAUAAAAUUGGAUCAUGAAUUAGACAGAAGAAUAUUUAGAAACGGAAUUUGUUACAGAAGGGAAUGAGAAAGUAAAAUUUAAUUUAUGAGUCUAUGAAAGUUCUUAAAAUUACACAAAAAGGCAGAAUCAGAGUUAAGUUUCAAGGAUGGGUUUUAUCAUCUGUUUCAGGAAUCCUAACCUUAGCAUAUCCGAUUCUGGUUUGCAUCAGGAAAUAAAGAAAUCGAGGACACAAAUUUAAGAUUAAAGGACACAGCCACUGACAAAACUGCAGUCUCAUUUAGAUGCGGAUAUGCUGGAUUUGUUAGAGUCAAUGAUAAUUAGAUGAUCACUUUCUACAAUAGUUCAGUUUCAAGUGAGGCAAAAAUCAUUUGGACCCAAGCAGACAUCUUAUUGAAUUGGGAUACACAAGAAGUAUUGAUUUUUAUGAAUGAAUCAUACAUGGGAUCUGCCAGUUUCUACCAUACAGAAGUAUUGGAAUAUAUUUAGAUAGGUGACCAAAGUGAAUGAAGUUAUGCUUUAUAAUUUAAAACCAGACACUACAAGUUGGUGGAAGAAUAUUAAAGUAUGCAAAGAGAGAUGUGAUAAUUUCGAAUUUACUCAAAUUGUUGUGAUAUGCUUUGCAUUAUUCAUUUUAUUAUUGUGA